AUGAGUUCAAACCUUCCUACAUUGCGCCAACAGCUCGGUCUUCCCGAACAAGAUGACACAUGUCGCAACUAUUCAGUCUCAGCACCCAUAGAUCCCCCCACACCGAUCGAAAUAGUAUUGUACGACCUCAAAGUCAUCGAAACCCACGUACCGCACGUCAAAGCUCUAGGCGGCGACCAAUGGGCUAUCCACCAACAAAUUCGCCGCGAGCUCUACGAGCACAUCGAACAGUGUCAGAAGGAACGGGACAGACUACAGUACGAGACGGAUAAGCGGUGGGUGAAGGAGCUGCGCGACAUCCAGGUCAGGCAAGCUUUGAGGAACGGCUUUAAGUUGUCGGAUGAGUCGCGCGCACGGUUGGCGAGGGUAAUGAAUAGGGUGCUGAGGUAUGAGAUGGUGAAUGGGAUUACGCACACGGAGGCGGGAGAAGUCUAG